UCCUACCUGAGCGGAUCAGCCUCAGCCUUUGUGUCAGAGUAGCUGUAGUUUCAGAGUUUAGAGUGUGUAUUGUGUGAAAUGUUGUGUUGGGUGUCAGAGCAGACAGACUUCAGUGUGUGACAGCUGGACCAUGUUUGUCCACGGGCUCCUGGUCUUACUUCUGUGUGCGUCGCUGUCACGGACGGCCAGUGUUUUACCGUGGCCUCCUCUGAACUGCACUCAACAGGGUUUGAGUUGUAGAGUCAGCAAAAGUAACUGCUUAGAUGCUGGUUGGCUGGUGUCUCAUGAGUACACACCCAACGGUCCAACAGAGCUGGAGGUGAAAGUGGCGACUAGGACGGAUGAGAGCGGACAGCUGCACCCGGUGUUGGAUGUCAAGUGGAAGAUACAGGAUGAGGGAAGCAUCAGUUACCUGAAUGCAACAGAGCUUCAUGUUCUGGAGAUAUCCACCAAUGACAACCUGUGUGUUCGCUACACCUUCAAAGACAAACUCCCCAUGAGAAAUCAAAGGGACGAAAAGUGGUCGUUCUCAGCCGACAUGGUGGUGGUCCAGCCCGGUCAGAGCUACCAGGUCUCUGUCUUUAACAUCCCAAAACCACAGCCCCGCCACAGCGUAUAUGAUGUCAGCAAGGAUGUGACCGUCCCCGAAUGUCGAGAUCCUAUGAUGCACAUGACCAAGUUUUGCAUUGAGAGUGGAAGUCUGUGGCAGCCUAACAUCACCUUGACUCAGACUGGACACUCUGCACUGACCGUCAGCUUCAGUUCGGACAGACGCAGUGACCAGUACACCGUUAUCUGCCGCUGCUCCUCCAAGUCUGAACCAAAAUACGUGUCGAAGGCUGAUCGGGGGAUACACAACGUGACAUUUAACCUGAAUGACUGGCCCAGACCCUGCUGCCGCUUUUACGUUGAGAUCAAACCUCAUUUCCUGCAAUGUGGCAAUGACUGCACACGUCAGAGGAAAUCUCUGGAUAUUUGUCGUCUUUUGCCUUCAGAAAAACCACCAGAGGCCCGUGCUGUCCUUCCGUACAUAUUUGGCGUGUUGGCUGUGGUGUUUCUGUGCGCAGUGAUAACAAUCGGGUGUCUCCUCUGCAAGAAACAAGGUUUAAGUGGCGUUGGUGAGCCCCGUCCGAAAAUUGAGGACCCACCGAAAGAACCUCCAAAAGUGCUGAUCAUCUACUCCCAUGACCACCACCUCUACAAGGACAUCAUCCUCAAACUGUCCGCUUUCCUUCAGGCCAAGUGUGGCACCAGGGUACUGGUGGACCUGCUGGACUCGGCUUCGGUCAGCAUGGUGGGCCGGGUCCGCUGGCUGGAGUGGCAGCGACAAAAGCUGAAUCCCUCGGACAAAAUCCUGGUGCUUUGCUCACGAGGCGUCCAGGCCAAGUGGAGAGCCAUGUGUGGUCAGGGUAAGGUGACUCUGAGAGAGGACGUGCGGUCGCCUACUGAUGACAUGAUCACCCCGUUCCUCAGCCUCUUCCUGCCGGACAUGCACCAGCCGGGCCGGAUGGGCAAGUACAUGGUGGCUUACUUUGACGAUAUCAGCUGCGAACAAGACAUACCGUCGGUUUUUGACAUCGCUGUCAAAUACAGGCUGAUGAAGCAUUUUGAAGAGCUCUACUUCCGCAUUUUAGAUGUUGAAAAGUAUGAGCCGGAUCGGGUGAAACAGAUCGAAGGGAUUGGACAGGAGGACUACUUCACCUGUCCCUCAGGUAGAGAUCUAAGGAUUGCCAUUGAAACCUUCCAGUUGUACCAGUUGGAAAACCCAGACUGGUUUGAGACGCAGUGUGUAGACAGCGAGGAGGAGGUCAUGAGCGAAUCCAGCCGACUCAUCGACGAGUUGCAGAUCCCUCCGGUGAGAGAGUACGUUCCUGUGAUCAACGAAGGCCCCCCUGUGUACUGUCAGGGGGUGAUGAUCAAUCAGAAUGUCAGCAGUAUUCAUGUCUUCAACCCUGAGCUCAACCCACACACGGACUCGUCAUCAGUGGUCGAACACACACCAAUAGUGAACACUGAGUGGAAUCGCCCCCACCCGUUAAAUCCAGAUCAGCGGAGUCCAUGUUGCUUGGGACCAGAAUCUGGCUUUACAGUUGAGCCUGUUUUGAUCGGGCCUCCGCCAUCAAGACAGAACUGGCCUUCCAUCGAUCAGCAACACAUCAUUCAAAUGCCUUAUGAGGUUCAGGAAGAACCGUCCAGUUACCAGUCCACGCCUCGUUCAUAUCCCAGUGGACCCCCCCCACCGUCCAUGGACUUCAACUGGACGCAUUCAUCACACACAAACAGCGUACAGAGUGAACACCUUCCCCUGUCUGAAACGAGUCGCUCCCAGCCUGUGGAGAUGGAGGAGCACGAGACUCUGGAGACAUGUGGAAAGCGUCCAAGCAGUGGAUCGGAUCAAGGCUACAUGUCCAGAAUGUCCUCUCAGAAGGAGCCGACAUCUGAAGAAGAAUCGCUAAAGGCUCUGCGAAGGCUGCAGGAGGAACAGUUUAAUGAUAACAUAAAAUAUUCCAGCAUUGGCUAAUGACUAAUGCUCUGCCAGAACACACUUUAACCCAUACAGACCCAAACAGCCACUGGCAACCAAAACCAUCUACUGGUGUAAAAUGUUUCAUAAUACUAAUCCUAUCAAUACAUGGAAAAAAUUGUUGUAAAAUGCAGUUUGU